AGGGGGCCAGACGGGCGAGUGACAACGUCCUACCCACCGGGGGGAGGCCACCCCGCCCCCAAGCAGCGCCGCGCUCCGCGCUCCGGUCAAACCAGAGUCCUCGCUACUCCCAAACCUUCUGCCUACUUCCCCACUUCCUGUCGCUCCCUCUGCCCGGCAGAACCUCCCCGUGAAGUUCUGUCGGCCCAAACCCCACUUCUUUCUCAGAUCUCACUCGGAUGCCACCUCCUUCACGUAGGCUGCCGGCUUCCCCAGCCAGGAGCCAUGAGCACACGGGGUCCCAGCCCCCUCGCCUUCCUCACCGCCCCUGUCACUCCUGGCAGCCCCACAGAGGCAGCUGACCCCCUCCCGGCGCUACUCGCCCUGGCCUGCAUCUUCCUUCUGCUGGCCAGCUGUCUGCUCUUCAUGACCCUCUGCAAACCGGCCGCUCUGGACCCGAGCCGCAGGGCUCGGGAGUGCAUGCCCCACCACCCCGGGAGCCCCAGCGAGCCCCAGCUCAGGCUCUGGAAGCGCCUGGGCUCUCUGCGCCGCUCCCUGCACAGCUUCCGCAGAGGCAGGCCUGCUCCCAGACGCCCCCUGCCGGGCUGCGAGGACAACCUCGACUGUGACUGCACGGAAUCCACCAAGAUGUGAUGGGGCGUCCCCGCCACCCAGGACCCACCAGAGGAUCCUCCUGCUGCGGACACAGCCUGGAACCAGGGACUGCAGAAGGACCUGGGCCACACGCUCAGCCACAGUGGUCCCCUGUGCGCCCAGGCCUGUGGCCUUUCCCAGAGACAGUCCCUGGAGGAAAGCCUUCCUCUCUGCUGACUCUGCAGGCUGCUGCCUGCCGAAAGACUGCUGGGCCAACAGCGGGGUACCUGCAGCCAUCUGACCCUCGGCCCCGGGCUCCAGAGGGUACAACCCGGGACCCCCGGCACUCUUCUCUGGCAACCAGGCACCAACCACCUCCAGGAAGCAGUGCCCCUGCUUCCCAACAGAAGUCCUGCCCACCUUCCAGGUGCCACAGUCCAGCAUGGAUUCCAGUUGGAGUUGCCGAAUGGCCAAAGGUUCCCUCCAGCCAAACGAAAUACUCCGUCCACACGGGGGGCAAGGAACUGUCUUGCCCUCUGUGCCAACUCAGUGCCAGAGGCAAGAGGCAAGCCAGGGACUUCUCGCCUUGAAAUCUUGGGACCUACCAGUAUUCACCUACUAAUCCCUGGGAGCAGCCAGCACCCCUUGUGGGUCAGAUGCCCGUGUGCCUGCUGGGAGGAGGGCGAGCAGGAGGCUCUCAACCCUGCCUAGCCAGUCACCCUCCUGGCAGCCAUCUUGGUGGCCCCCCUUCAAGGCGCCCAUGUCACAAUGGACCAGGAAGGGGCUGAGAAUGGGUUAAAGAGCUCCUUGUGAGGCCAAGGAGCUGUGCUGUGUCAAAGCGGUGGGAGGCAUUGCCAGAAGCCAGAGGUGAUGCCACCUGGGCUCCAAGGACACAUCACAGCGUUCCUGCCUCGCCCAGGGCAGGAGGCCUCCUCCUUUUCGGGUAGGAGGGUCCAGACCUCUCUGGGACAGCUGCGGGACCUCAGGUCUGGACCACACCAGGGAUGCUAUCUGAGUUUUUGGCAAUUGUGCCAUUGACUGGCUACCUGUCAAAGCAAUCCUACCCUAGAGUGGGCUUCUCGGAAUUCCGAACCCCCAACUCUCCCCACAGGGUGCGGCUGUGCACUCGGGGUCCCAAAUCUGGAGGGUAGAUGGAGGGGGUCUGAGCUGCCUACUUCCUGCCACCUGCGUCCUGCUACAGGGCUGCCGGGACCCACCUUGCUGUGACUCCCAAUGCAGCCAGCCAGGUCUUCUCAGGAAGUGAGCUCAGCUUUGCCACCCCCCAGCUCCAACACCAUCGCUGGUUUCCAACCGCUGGCUAGAUAAAGCCACGGCUCCUUAGUGUGGUGAUCGGCGUCCCCCGGGAGCUGGCUUCAAACUACCUUUCUAGCCUCACCUCGACCCGAGACUCCAGACAAACUGAACCACCUGUCCCCAGGCCGUGGCUUAUGCUUCCCAAGGCACCCCCUCCGGGAAGCCCUCUUUGCUCUCCAGCGGAAAGCCACUUUCUGCCUAGAACCACUCCUGCUCCUCACAUGUCUCAGAGAAAGGAUCACUUCUUCCUGGCAUUGGGGGCGAUCCACGUCUACGUGUCUUUCCUACAAGCCUGGAAGCUUGCAGAGAGCAAGACCAUGUCCAAAUCUU